CAAAUGACUGGUAAGCGAGCGCUCACGCCCCUCGCCGACUGCUUCCGGGUAACCGCAGAAGUCACUUCCGGAGCAGCAUGGCGGCCACUGAGGACGAGCGGCUGGUGGGAAGCGGCGAGGGAGAGCGACUAGACUUCUUGCGGGACCGACACGUGCGGUUUUUCCAGCGUUGCCUUCAGGUCCUGCCAGAGCGCUAUUCUUCGCUCGAGACCAGCAGGUUGACAAUUGCAUUUUUUGCACUCUCUGGCCUAGAUAUGUUGGAUUCCUUAGAUGUGGUGAACAAAGAUGAUAUAAUAGAAUGGAUUUACUCCCUGCAGGUUCUUCCCACAGAAGACAGAUCAAAUCUAAAUCGCUGUGGUUUCCGAGGCUCUUCAUAUCUGGGUAUUCCAUUCAAUCCAUCAAAGAGUCCCGGAACCGCUCAUCCAUAUGACAGUGGCCACAUAGCAAUGACCUACACUGGGCUUUCAUGUUUAGUUAUUCUUGGAGAUGACUUAAGCCGAGUAAAUAAAGAAGCUUGUUUAGUGGGCUUGCGAGCCCUUCAGCUGGAAGAUGGCAGUUUUUGUGCAGUGCCUGAAGGCAGUGAAAAUGACAUGCGAUUUGUAUACUGUGCUUCCUGUAUUUGCUAUAUGCUCAACAACUGGUCAGGCAUGGAUAUGGAGAAAGCCAUCAACUAUAUUAGAAGAAGUAUGUCCUAUGACAAUGGGCUGGCACAGGGAGCUGGACUUGAAUCUCAUGGAGGCUCCACCUUCUGUGGCAUUGCAUCACUAUGCCUGAUGGGUAAGCUAGAAGAAGUUUUUUCAGAAAAAGAGCUAAACAGGAUAAAGAGAUGGUGUAUAAUGAGGCAACAGAAUGGUUAUCAUGGAAGACCUAACAAGCCAGUGGACACCUGUUACUCUUUCUGGGUGGGAGCAACUCUCAAGCUUCUGAAAAUAUUCCAGUACACUAACUUUGAGAAAAACAGAAAUUACAUCUUAUCAACUCAAGAUCGCCUUGUAGGAGGCUUUGCCAAAUGGCCAGACAGUCAUCCAGAUGCUUUGCAUGCAUAUUUUGGGAUCUGUGGCCUGUCACUAAUGGAAGAAAGUGGGAUUUGUAAAGUUCAUCCUGCUCUCAAUGUAAGCACACGAACUUCUGAACGCCUUCGAGAUCUCCAUCAAAGCUGGGAAACCAAGGACUCUACACAAAGCUCAGAGACUGUCCGUGUCUCCAAAUGACCGACUUUAGAUGGGUUUGGGGGGUGGUAGGGAUUUGUAGCAUAACUGUAGCUCAAGGUUCAAAGCCAUGUAUAAUCAAGUGUGCUCUGUUUUUUUAAGGGAUAGAGUUACAAUCAAAGCUUAUACUGAUACCACUUGAUAUGGUCUGGAGCCAGUGACCUUUGUACUAGGUUUCAAGUUUGAACCACAGUGGAUUCUGUUGUGGUUCAGAAAUGUUUAUAUUGUAUUUCUAAGAAGUUCUUUGAGGAAAACAAAACUGUAUAUGUAGGUUAUCUUUUUUUAAAACUCUUCAGUACAAAUUGUAUCUUAUAAAAUGAACACAAAUCUUGAAAACAAGUUUACACUUCAUAUAGCAUUGAUAAUCUUCAGGUGAGCACUUAGAGAUCAUUUAAAAAUCUUGACUCCUGAUGGUAAAAAUUUGCUUUAAUGAAUUAUGUAGGAUUAUUCUUUGAAAACAAAUGAUCCUAUAAUUUUUUUAAAGAAGAAUGGCUUAUUUUGUCUUACUCUUGUGUGCCAAUUAAACUUAUGUGGCCUAUAUAAAUGAAAGUAAUAACUUCAUAGUAAGAAUAAAUAGGCUUAACUAA